CCCCCGCCCGCGGCACUCCCCCGGAGGCUCCGGUGUCCCCCCGGCGCCCCCAGACCCCGGCCUUCAGCACCGAGGCAGAAGGCAGGAGCAGCAGCAGAGGCAGGAGGACGAGGAGGAGGAGGAGGAGCCGUCGCAGGAUGAAGGAUCGGACUCAGGAACUGCGGAGUUUUUCAUCCAAAGCAGAUUACCAUCCAUAAUCUCGUUAGACCUUCACCAGCCUCCUGGUAAGGCGAAAGACAGUGACGAUGAGGAGGAGGUGGUCCAUGUGGAUCGGGACCACUUCAUGGAUGAGUUCUUUGAACAGGUGGAAGAGAUCCGGGGCUGUAUUGAGAAGCUGUCGGAGGAUGUGGAGCAAGUGAAGAAACAGCACAGCGCCAUCCUGGCUGCCCCCAACCCAGACGAGAAGACCAAACAGGAGCUGGAGGACCUCACUGCAGACAUCAAGAAGACUGCCAACAAGGUUCGAUCCAAGUUGAAAGCGAUCGAGCAAAGCAUUGAACAGGAGGAGGGGCUGAAUCGGUCCUCCGCGGACCUGCGCAUCCGCAAGACCCAGCACUCCACACUCUCCCGGAAGUUCGUGGAAGUAAUGACCGAAUAUAACGCGACCCAGUCCAAGUACCGGGACCGCUGCAAGGACCGGAUCCAGCGGCAGCUGGAGAUCACGGGAAGGACUACGACCAACGAAGAACUGGAGGACAUGCUGGAAAGCGGAAAGUUGGCCAUCUUCACUGACGACAUCAAAAUGGACUCGCAAAUGACGAAGCAGGCCCUGAACGAGAUUGAGACGAGACACAAUGAGAUCAUCAAACUGGAAACCAGCAUCCGCGAGCUGCACGACAUGUUCGUGGACAUGGCCAUGCUUGUGGAGAGCCAGGGUGAGAUGAUUGACCGCAUCGAGUACAAUGUGGAGCAUUCUGUGGACUACGUGGAGCGGGCUGUGUCCGACACCAAGAAAGCUGUGAGAUAUCAGAGCAAGGCCCGGAGGAAGAAAAUCAUGAUCAUCAUUUGCUGUGUGGUGCUGGGAGUGGUGUUGGCGUCAUCCAUUGGGGGAACGCUGGGCUUAUAGGGCCCCCACCCCUGUCUCCCCAGACCCUUCCCCCACCACAUCGGGAGCAAUACCCCCACCACCCCUUACACUCCACUCCCCACCCCCGGCCCCGCUCCAGGCUCAGCCCCAAGACAGACCCAGGCAGCUCCCCCUUUUCACCCCCGUCAGAUGAGUCCCUGGACCUCAGCGCCAUGGAUCACCCCGCCCUGCACAUAAAUAGCAGCAGGCGUGCACACACAUGCACACCAAUAUGCAUGCCGCCGGUGCGUGCUCAAGACGUGUGGACAGCCCAGCGUGCGUGCGUGCACGCGCAUGCUCGUAAAUGUGUCUGGAGGCGCCUCCUCACCCUCCUUGCCCCAACCUCGAGUCUGUGUGUUGUCUGAGCUUCCCUCAUUCACUUGGUUGUUGUGUAGACUGUGGCGGGUGUAACACAGCAACCCACCAAGCCCUGCUCUGUUGUGUGUGUGUGUGUGGCCACACAAUUUGUGUACGUGGAAUUUUGUGUUUAUUUGAAUCUAAGGCAACAGCACUUCUCCCAAUGACACCCCCAUACCCCGUGUCUGCUACAAAGGGGGCGCAUUGUGAGUGCACAGAUGCUCACGCUCACAUUCCCAGAAGCUCCAGGCACACCCCAGUGUAUGCAGAGAAAUCCUUCCCGGCUUAGUCGCACAGGCUUAUGUCCCGGGGAGAGUGUAUGUGUGUGUGAGUGUGUGUGAGUGUGUGUGUGUGUGUGUGUGUGUGUGCGCGUGUGCGUGCACAUGUGUGCCGUGGUGUUCUGCCAAGAUGAGUGGCAGUGUAUACGCAGAAAUAACCUAGCUUGCUUUGUGUAUAUGUGUGCAUUUCCCCCAGCAGGUGAUGAUGUGAGAAAUAUGUGUGUAUCAGAAUGUGCCUGAAGUGGGGGUGGGGCUCCAUGUUGUGCAUUGGACCUGUGUUUGGGGUGGCGCAGAAGUCUAUAUUUCUGUGCUAUGUAGAAUAUUUGUGAGCGCGCGCGCGUGUGUGUGUGUGUGUGUGUGUAGACACUUUCCGUGCAGUGUUUCUGCCUCCUGGGUAUUACAUGCACACAUGUUUCUCUUUAAGGACUUGUGCCCAUCCAAGUUGGUUUAGGCGGGUUUGUUUGCCCUCCCUCUGCCCUGCUCUGCUGCCCCAUAGCUGGAAUGGCCUCUCUUUUCUACAGCCACAUCGUGACAGGGUCCAGCCCUGUGCACACAAGCCCACAUGCUUAUCUCCCUGUUUCUGCCAGAGGUCAGGCUGCACCCUAACAGCUGGUACAGCACAUGCUCACGCAGGCUGAGGCAGAGGGACUCAUGAAGGUGGCUGCACACACACAAGCACACACACAUGCAGAAGAGCACACGUGUGUGCUAACACACACAGGCCUGCACCCCUUUGCACACAAAUGUCUCCUGGAAGGGCUGUUGUGAGAACAGUACUGUGAGGCCAGUGCCACAGGCUCUCCCAGAUGCACUGAAAGUGACAGUGCCCCUGCCUUCCUCACACCACAGAGCUGGGAGAGGCCGGUACUGGACCUAUUCCCCAUCGGAUGCUUUGGGCUCUGCCUUGGGGAUCUUGGGUGUGGGGAACUUUAUUUCACACACCCUGGAGUGGCUGGUGUGGCAGCGGCCACUGAAGGUGGGCUAUGUCCCAGGACCCAUGCCCUGGAUCCAUCUGCUAAAAUGUCUGCAAUAGCUGCUCCCCCACCAGGGUGUGACUGGGGGUGGGACACAGGCUGGGUGUCUGAUGCUGAGGAAAGCUAGCUUCUCUCUCAUGUGGACCAAUUGUGCACAGGUGUGUGUGUGUGUCCGUUUGGUGGCAGGUGGGAGGUACGUGGGCAAAGGACAAUAUUAGAAGACCCCCAGUUCACGGCCAAGAAACAUGAACACACAAGUAAGGACUGUGUCCUGCCCUGGGGUUGGGUGUACAUGUGCACAAGGUAUGUGCAGAUCGUGUCCCAGGGUACCACUUUUCGUGGAACGUGUGUGCGUGUGUGUAAGAGACAGAAAAUGUAGAUGUGACCUGGAACAGUUACCCUGCCCACCCCCGCCCCAGCUCAGACAGCCAGCCUCUUUCCAACUGGGCUGUUGGAGCCCCAUCUGUGUGUAGCCCACACGUAUAACCAAGGUGGGCUGUCCUGAGGAGGGCGCCUGUCUGCUUGUUCCCAGAAUGCCCUUCUGCAGAGCAGGAAAUUUGCCUGUGUCUGACUAGCCCUCCUGCUCCUUCACGGGCUUCUUUGGGAACUGCCGGCGGCCCCUUUUCUUCCUGCUGCCCAGUUAGGACACUCAGCCUAGGCGUUUCUGGAAUUUUCGCAGCCUGGGGGACAGAGGAGAAGGGUGGAGCCAUGGCUGGAAUGAUGCCACUACCUCCUUGAGGGGUAGUGGUUCCCUAGCUGCCCAUCUCAGCCUCAGUUGUACUAGAGGAUCCCCGAGAGUGUGUGAUGCCCCAAUUUCCACAAGUCCUAUGCAUCAUAGGAUGUGUUUGCUUGUUGGGUGCUGUGUCUGUAUGUGUCCUGGAGUGUUGUCUGGGGGCUAGUGUCUUCUGCAUGUUCUCAGAGGAGUGUGUGCUGCCCACCUUCCCCACACCUAUAACCACGUGUGCCCCGUGGGUGGUCCAGGCCUGGCCAGGGUUCGCUGCUUCCCCUCCCCAUUUCUCCCUAGCCCCGCCUCUCACAAAGCACACUGCGCGUGUCCAUCCCAUGUGCCUGUGGGUUGACGCACUCUUGCCACGCCUCAAGCGUGUGUACAUGAUGUGUUCUAUGCAUUCACCCUGCCCCCCCCCCAGUCUGCCCCGCAAAGGACAAGAUGGGCGGCCCCUGGCUCCCUUCUCCCCUACCUGCCCCUGCCCGCUGUGCAGCCAUGUGCGUUGGCGUGUGUUUCCGUGUCGCUGACGUGUCACGUGAUGUAGCCGUAUUUGCUGACAUGAGCCCCUGGCCCUUCUGUUUCUCCAUUGGUUUCUAGAGCUCUUUCCUUCUCCUCCCCAGAGGGGACAGGACUCUCGGGGCCUGGCUGGGGGCCCAGAGCCAGGUCACCCUCUCCUGUUAGCCCUCAGAGACCCAUUUCUCUCUAUUGGUGACCAAGUUGCAAAUGGAUAAAACACAGGAAAAUUCUGCCCUCUCUCCCCAGCCCUGCAUGUCCUGUCCCCAGAGGCCCCCACCCCCACCCUGGGCCGGGUCGGCCCCAUGGGACGGGAGAAAUAGCAACCAAUCCAA